UACAGUACGAAGAUUUUAUUUGAUUUUGAGUAUAAUUACGUUUUGAUGCAAAUCAAGUCUUCAAACUGUUACUAACAGUUUUAGAGGUACUUGAGUUACUUUACACUAAAGUAACUUGAGUUACUUUAGACUAAAGUAACUUUUUUAGUACUAAAUAAAGUUGAGUACAAAAAAACAUAAGAUAUUAAGUUAUUGUUGUACUAAACUAAACCUAUUUUUAAGGUUAUAAUAUUUAAAAAAUAUUAAUUUCAUUCUCUAUUUAAAAAUAAAUUUAUAAAACCAUUACAGACAUGCCUAGAAAAUGCUCAGUAGGUAAUUGUCGUGGAAAUUAUGACAGUGCAAAUGAGCAUGUUAAAGUUUACAAAUUUCCAAGUGACAAAGAAUUAUGUGAAAGAUGGUUAGCAGCUUUACCAAAUAAAAUUCAAUCACCAACAGACAAUAUGGGUGUUUGUGAAAAGCACUGGCCUUUGGGGUGUAGUAUGCACUAUCCAAAAAGAUCUAAAUAUCAGAUUCCAUCAGAUCCUCCUUCACUAUUUCCUGGGUGUUUUCCUUCAAUGUUACGACAAACAGGCAAAACAUUCUGUCAAACAAAUUUUGAAAAAAUUUCAAUUGAAUCAAGAAACUCAUUCUGUGAUGAACUCGAUUCUUUCAACAAGAUUAAUAAAAUAAAAAAUUUUGAAGUCAAACAGUUUCUUACAGAUGUAAAGCAGCGGUUUCCUGAUUAUUUUGUUGUUACAAAUGCAUUGGAUCUGACUGUUUUUAAUAUGACAUUUUUGCGUCCACCAGAAACUAAUAUUUCUGUUACAAUCAAUACUCACACUCAACAGUUACAUGCUUAUAUCAAACACACACAAAUUCAUUGCAAUGAUAUUUUGGGGUUUUCUCACAAACUCACUUGGUGGUCGCAGUUAGAAGCAAUUAUUUCAAGAAUGAAGUCAUCUAAACCUGAAUUAAGCGAGGAACUAAAACAUUUAUUGCAAGAGAUUGAAUGUACAUAUGGAGAAAAAUCUGAUGAAAUAAAUUUUUUGAUUGAACAACUACAACUGCAGAUGAUGCCUGUGAGAGGCAAGCGUUACUCUACGCUAGUUGUACGACGAGCUUUAGAACUAUACCUUUCUUUAAGAUGCUGUUAUCGAAUUCUUUGUGAUACACUUUCACUCCCACAUCCAAGAACUCUUAAACUAAAAUUAGGCAGAAUCGGUGAAGUAGGAACACAAAAGGAAUGUGAAGAAUGUAUUAAAACCGUGUUUGAAACAUUAACUAUUUCGGAAAAACGUUGCUGCCUGCUAUUUGAUGAAAUGUAUGUGAAAAUAGUCUUCGUUUACAACGCCUGAAGUUGUUUAGUAAAUUGGAUGCUAUGGGUGUACCUAUUUCUCAAUGCUCAAUUAUUCAAUCAGAGUGUUGUCAAUUAGAUCUGAAUGAGGAUGACAUUAGUUAUCUUGAUACAUCUGUCUCUUCAAUUGAUGCAAUUUCCGAAGAAGAAAAUGCUGCCCUAUAUUACAUUUCGGGUUAUGUCCAGCAUAAAUUUUUACCAAGUAUAUCCGUAUCUGGUACCUUUGUUACCAAUGCAUCUGAGUUUACUGAGUUAGUAUCUCGUGGUCGACUAUGUCACCCUACUGAGGAUCUAUUUCAAUAUGUCAGAUAUGCAUAUUCUCUUUUUAUUUUAUUACCUAAUGCAGAGAUGCGGUUCCAGUGCGUUAGAUACAUUUCUAAACUUUUUAUAUAUUUCUAUACAGCUUUACCUUUCGAUUUACAAGCAUUACCAAUCAACACAGUUGUUUCCACCAUUUUGAAUUGUUUUUUCAAGGGUCUAACGGAAUUGAAUGAAUCGUCAGACAAAGUUUCUUUAAAUAUUAAAGACCGCAAAGUUAAAAAGUUUUGCAAAUAAAUCAAAAAACACGCAAUAUGUGGUUAAAAUGGU